AUGACUAGUACUUCACAAGAAGUAGAGCUACUACGAAAAAUUAAAGAAUUAGAAAUAGAAAAUGAAAAAUUAAAAAAUGAUAAUAGUCAACUUAAAAAUCAAGAAUUCUCCAAGAUAGACGAUAAGUUUAGUUUAGAUGAGUAUAAAAGAUAUGGUAGACAAAUGAUAGUACCACAAUUUGGUUCAUUAGAUUCCCAAAUGAAGUUAUCGAAAUCCAAGAUAUUAGUAGUUGGAGCCGGGGGAUUGGGCUCACCUGCAUUACAAUAUUUAGCAGCUGCUGGGGUAGGAAUUAUUGGCAUAAUAGAUGAUGAUAAAGUUGAUACAAGUAAUUUACAUCGUCAAAUAAUUCACAACACUGCGAUGGUUGGACAAUAUAAAUGUGAUUCUGCUAAGGACUUUAUAAAAAAAUUGAAUCCUCAUGUUAGAGUAUAUACAUGCCCAACUAAAUUAACCAAUGAAAAUGCUUUUGAAAUAGUUGGUAAUUAUGAUUUAGUAUUAGAUUGCACAGAUCAUCCAGCAAUAAGAUACUUAAUAAAUGAUGUAUGUGUAAUACUAGGUAAAACAAUAGUCAGUGGAUCAGGUUUAAAAGCUGAUGGUCAGUUCACUGUAUUAAAUUUUGAAAACUUCGGGCCAUGUUAUAGAUGUUUUUAUCCACAACCACCAAGUCCAUCCUCAGUAACUUCGUGUUCAGAUGGUGGUGUUAUAGGACCAGCUAUUGGAUUAGUUGGUGUUUCAAUGGCUAUGGAAACAAUUAAAAUUUUGACUGGAUACUAUAAGAAAGACAACUUUCAACCUUUUUUAGCUUCAUAUUCUGCUUACCCUAAUCAACAAAUACGUACUUUCAAGAUGAGACCUAGACAAAGGAACUGUUUGGUAUGUGGUGAACAUAGAUCCAUAACUAAGGAACAGAUUGAAAAUGGUGAUAUCAAUUAUGUUGAAUUUUGUGGUAAAGUUGUACAAGAGCCCAUUGAUGAUAAAUAUAGAAUAUCAGUUACAGAUUAUUAUGAACUAAUAGAAGAUAACUAUGAUCAUACAUUAAUUGAUGUGAGACCGAAAGAACAAUUUAACAUUACGAAUUUACCAAACUCUAUCAACAUCGAAUGGGAUCCAGCAUUUAGAAAACUAGAGUCGUUAGAUGACUACAUCGACAAUACAGACAAAACAAGUGAGAUUUACCUAGUAUGCAGAUUUGGGAAUGACUCACAAUUAGCUGCCAAAAAACUCAUAGAUAUGGGCUACAAAAACGUUAAAGAAUUAAAAGGAGGUUUAAAUAAAUGGACAGAUGAAAUAGAUCCUACAAUUCCAAAAUAUUAA